CUCGCACUCUGUGCUCACGUGCACACACUCACACGCAAACAAACACACAAACACACACACAUGUCCUCUCGUCAAAUCGUCGAAUACUCAAAAGUGAGAAGUGAUCAACCGCACCACCGAAAAAACCGAUACGAUACCCCCCGAACUUCCCGCACACGCAAAGACCCACACACUGACCUGACACCCUUACGCAUCUUGAUCCCAGUAGAGCUUGACCACAACGGCUGUGCAGUUGUCCAUCGUGCCUGUGCAGACACCACAACACAAGAAGACAAGCCAGCAUCCAUACAUCCAUCCAUCCGUACUUCAUCGAUGUCUCCUCAGCCCACCCUGCCGCUCACCAGCUCUCAUGGCCUCUGCGACCAGCGUCCUCGCAGCCACACUGCACACAUCGACCUCGGCUGCCGGCCCCCCGCCUGCCCCUCCAUCCCCCUCCCCCUCUGUGUUUGAGGGUGCGUAGGGCUCCGUGUCGCCGCUCUGCCGGCUCACACUUGACGAGCUGGACGCCAACACACGCGGGGCAUCACCAGCACCAGCACCAGCACCAUUCGUGCUGGCAGGCACGUCUCCGUCUGCCGUGCUGUUGACGGAUGUCGAUGCAGCGUCCUCCCUCUCAGCCUCUUUUUCCUUUUCCUUGUGGCCGUUGUGGUCUGGCGAAGGGUGUGUGUCUUGCCUGCUGUCUUGAUUGCCUUUGCCGGUGUGGUUGCUGUUGCCGUGGUUGGGUUUCUUGUCUUUCUGCUGGUCGGCGAGCCGCCUGAGUGUGGAGUGGACGCUCUGGACGGCCUCCAGGUCUGACAGGACGUCCCACACGCCGUCGCAAGCUAGGAUGAGGAAACUGUCCUUGGAGGGAUCCAGCUCUCUGACAGACAUGCGACAAGGAGGGAUAUGUGUGUGUGUGUGUGUGUGUGUGUGGCGUGGUGCAAGUUGGGGUGGGUGGCUGCUGACCGUUUGUCGAUUUCCGGGUCCGCGAUGAGUGCGUGUCUGUUCUGGUUCUUGAGCAUGAAGUCGCCCAAAGCCCUUGACACACCCAGAUAGUACUCGAGGGGCGGCACACCCAACCUACACACACACACACAUCCAGUUCACACACACACAGGCGUCCUCCCUCUUGCCACACUGAGUGUGUUGUGUGUGAUAUCACCUCGAGCAUCUCUCGAACGGGUGUUGGACCACCCGGCCGCCGGCCCGCACUAUCCGCCUCUCCUCGUCCGGCCUGUUGGGCUUGUGGUCUUCACUCAGCCGAAUGGCCUCCACCUCCUCAUCACCGCCACCAAUGCUGCCACUCGGGUGACGGUGAACACGACCCAGCCUGCACACACACCAUGCACACACACACACACACACGAGAUGCACACACACGUCCCCUGUCCGUCAUGUCAUGUGUGUGGCGUGGCUCACACAGCUCUGGAGUCGCCGAUGUUGGCCGUGUGGAGGAUGACCCGGCCCCUCUUGCGGUGGACGAGGCAGACGAUGGCAGUGGAGCCGUCCUGUGGAUGGGGCGUCUGGGUUCCCUCGUAGGCCGUCUCGAGCUUCUGCACCGACUGCUCGAUGGCCUUGUGCACGAAGGAGUCCUCCAACAGGGGAGGGGGGGAGGCAUUCACACCUGAUGUCAGCUGCCGCCUCAAGCUGAAAACACCGCAACACACACACACACACACACACACACGUGUGUACCUGAAUGUUCACACGAUGCUGCGUAAGCCUGUCUGCCGGUUCUCUCCCUACUCACUGGUUGUGCAGGUGCGUCUUGGCGUAUUCGCUCGCCCGUUUGCCGUUGUGGCCGUCGAAGACGCCGUAGUAGGACAUGCCCUCCAGAAAGUCGUCCACACACAGAGAGGCGUCCUCCAUGUCAGCCCGGUGGCCCUGCAGCUCAGCGCUGCCCGACACGCACCGCAGGCCGACAGUGCGGCCGCCCAGCACCGUUGAGUGGUCAUCUGAUGAGCCGGCCAAUCCGACUGUGCCGAUUGCGCUGCUCGCACUUGCAGCGUGUGCGUUGAGAGAGUUCUCGAGGAUGCGCCUGCGCUUGCUCUCCUCCUCGAAACGCCCUACAGUCACCUGACAUGACGCCACAUCAAUGAGAAGGCCAGGCAUGCAUCAGAAGGACGACAAAAAGCCAUCUCGCUGCGCGAAGGGCUUUGGUGCCCACCUGUCCGAUUCGCUUUGUCGGCGCCGCUUCCUCGACUUCAUUCAACUCAUCGUCGAAGCUGAGCUUGACCUUCCUGUCGGCCUUGCGCUUCUUCACAGCACCCUCAUCGCCCAUGCUACUGUAAUGCACUCAGGUGAAUCAGCAGCUGCUGAAGGAAGAAAGAUCCCAGGGAAUCGGAUGCGUUCAAG